CACAACCUCACAGCCUGGUCGCCUACAGCCUCGACGCAGCAACCAUGCAACGUCUACUUUGUCCUAAAGGCUUUCUGUCUGCUCUACAGCUUUUGUUCUAGGUCAACCAGUUCUCGCAGCACCGUGUCAGCGUCGCCGUUGAACCGCGCCGCAUCGACGUUGCCUAGAGGCCUCCGACUCCGGCCACCGCCGUAGCCGUAGUAGCGGUGCAAUGCCCCUUUCAAUCCGGCCACCCCAAGCUGGACCAGCACCCAGUCGGCGACGCUGAGUUUGGUCUGCAACUCCUCGGCCUUGGAGUAGUCCCUCGCAUCAUAAGCCGCCAGCAGCGCCAGAUGCACCUUUGGGACGAAGUUGGCCGCCGCGGCAAUCACUCCAUGCGAGCCCGCAACGAGGCCGUGCAGGAAGAAAUCGGAUUUGCCCGCAAACGCGGCAAACGGUGUUGACAGGCGACGGUCAUGAGCAAUCCGAUGCAACUUGCCGACAUUACCACACGUCAGCUUGCAGCCCACGAUCUUGGGAUUGUCGAUGGCCAGCGAUGUGAUGGUGUCCGAGUCCAGGUCGAUUCCGGAGGUGACGGCGGGAAAGUUGUAUAGCAAGAUGGGGAUCGGGGAGGCCUCGGCGACAUCGUUGAAGAAGGCCUUGAUGGUCGGUUUUCCCAUGGCUGCAGCUGAUGAACAUGUCAACAUAGAUGGGUCAAUGGCAGCGCCAAAGCGGCUGAGGUUGGCGCUCACUCCAGUAACUGGGACUCAACACCAGAGCAAAAUCCGCCCCGGCAUCCUUGGCCUCGCGACAUAAAAGGAUGGUCUCUUUCGUGCUUUGUGCACCACACCCUGCAAUGAUGGCAGCAUCCUUGCGUCCAUGCUUGUCCAGAACUCGUCGAGCCAAGGCGGUCACUUCGAUCCUCUCCGAGUGCAGCAGAUGGGGAGCUUCGCCAUUUGAUCCUUGCACGACGAGUCCCGCAACACCGGCCGUGGCCAGACGAGCAAUAUGUGCCUCGAGUGCGCCGGCGUCAAUGUUUUCGUCUUCAUCAAAAAAGCACACAACCGGGGCGUACACCCCGCGAGGAGGCACCGUAGCUACAGGACGUGACAUUGUUAUGGUUGCACCCUCCCACUGGCAGAUCUAUGUAUCACGCUUUUAUAUAGAAGUCAUUGUAUUCGUGUAUGGGACUUUUCAUUGAGCACUCCCCGAGUGCUUCAGCUUUUCUGUGUGCUCGGAGACCAUGUCAGGUGGAGCUCCCUUCGGCGCCCAACAUGACAAGACGCUUGGUGGAGCGAGUGUGCGCGUACGCUACUUUUUCCCAGUUCACUCGUGAUCAGCAUAAAUCGAACUUCAGUUAUGGGAUCUUUCCAACCAUCCUCUUUCUUCGAGGACGGCGUCUAUGUCCCUCCCGACCCUAUCUUCGAGGUGACUAAGAACUAUCUGGCCGACCAGGACCCCAAAAAGGUCAAUCUAGGUCAAGGAGCGUACCGCGAUGAGAAUGGCCAACCAUGGGUGCUGCCUUGUGUACGACUCGCCAAGCAGGCGCUGAAGGAUCAAGGGCACGAAUAUCUGCCUAUUGCAGGUCUGCCCACCUUGAGGCAGAAAGCUGUUGAACUUGUAUUUGAGCGCAGCAAGGCCCUAGCAGAGGGCAGGAUUGCAUCGUGCCAGUCCCUGUCCGGGACUGGAGCUAUUCACCUGACUGGACUCGCUCUGCGGCGCGCAAACCCAGCAGCAAGAACGGUGUAUAUCACCGAUCCGACAUGGUCAAAUCAUCGACUUCUCUUCAGCAACCUAGGCUACGAGGUCCAAGAUCUGCCGUACUACCGAGAUGGAGGGUUUGACUAUGAUGGCUACAUCGCAGGGCUGCGCGAAGCAGAACCGAACUCCAUCGUCGUCCUCCAUGCUUGCGCCCACAAUCCAACAGGCUAUGAUCCAUCCAAGGAGCAAUGGAAGGAGAUCAUCUCCGUGAUUAAUGAGAAACGGAUCUUUCCAGUCCUCGACGCCGCCUACCUAGGGUUCAAUUCUGGCUCGGUGGAUGACGACGCCUGGGUCAUUCGCUAUAUCGUGGACGAGCUCAACCUGGAGGCGGCGGUCUGUCUUUCAUUUGCGAAGAACAUGGGACUUUACGGUGAAAGAGUUGGCCUUGUGGCCCUGGUGGCAAAGACGCCUGAGUUGGCUGUGGUCAUGGACUCGAUUCUCGCGAACAUGCAACGGGCCACUAUCUCAUCACCUCCAGUCUACGGAGCCCGGAUCGCCGCGACGGUGCUGGGAACGCCAGAAUUCAAGGCCCAAUGGGCGUCGGAUCUGAAGGUCAUGUCUGGCCGUAUACGGUCUAUGCGGGAGAAACUUUAUGACGAGCUUCUGCGCCUCCAAACCCCAGGUGACUGGAGCUUUAUCGUCAAGCAGUCCGGCAUGUUCGGCUACACAGGGUUAAACACGAAUCAGAUCAAAUAUCUCCAAGACGCGCACCACAUCUACAUGGCGGAUACCGGCAGGAUAUCCAUCGCAGGUCUAAACGACAACAACGUAGGUCACUUUGCAGCAGCGGUAGACAAGGCUGUCCGAUAUAUACAUUAAGCAUGCUCGCUGCAUUUACGUAAAGGCUGAAACAACAUUGAGAAAUAAUACAGUCGAAAGUUCAUGAAUGUACUGUAG